UCAGAGACGUGACCAUAGACCGAGGUUUAAAGAGAAACCUUCAGGAUUUACAAAAGUUUGUCAUCUCAAAUGACCAGUCAUGUGAUAGUGAAGGACUGAAGGGGCCGUCUCUGCUGGUUUCUCUCACUCAGCUCCUGACACCCAACAGCAGGUUCUCCAAAAUGCUGCCUUUGGUCAUAAUUGCAGGCCUGUUGGCGUUUGUCUCCAGUAAACCAUGCGAUACCGCAGGAUCCCAUCAUGCGCUGCUCCUGUCACUCAACCAAAACCUCCUUCGCUCUCUGGAGGGACAGGAAGGACUUCCCAACCCCAGUGUCCACUUGGGGCUGCGUCUUUCUGAUUACCACAAUCUUGACAAGGAGAGCGAACAUCUCAAUAAACUUAAAAAUGAUUUGCAUGAUGACAUUCAAAGCUCACUCACGAACAACCAGCCUGUUGUUGGCUCCCUGGCUCUGUACAGUCUGGCUUUGAAAUCCUCCUGUUAUGACCUGAACACCAUCACUUUCACGGUCAGCGAGAGUAGCAAGACGCUGCUGACUCACCUGAAGAAGCAGAUGGAACUAGAGAGAGAGAAUAUUGCUUUCAGCCACCGCCCUUUGACCAACUAUUACCAGUACAGUCUGGGAUUGCUUGCUCUUUGUGUGAGCGGCGUUCGGGUCAACAUCCAUGACAGCCAUAAGCUCAUCAAAGCAGUAGAACAUGAGCUCUUCAAACAUGGAGAUGCUGAGAGUGUUGAUACCUAUGCCAUGGCUGGAAUGGCGCUCCAGUGUGUGAAGGACUCUGGGUUUUAUGCUCACAAUGCAGUUGAGCUUGACACGGCUCUCAGUAAUAUCAAGCAGAAGCUUUUGGCCUCUCGCAGGGCUGAUGGUCACAUUGGCAAUGAGUUCAGUACAGGUCUUGCAGUUCAAGCCUUGCUGGCAAUGGGCGUUGAAGUUUCCGGUUGUGCCGCCUCAAUGGAGGCCAUGAGGACAUCUGCCAGGGGCAACAUCUACCACAACCCCAUGGCCAUAUCUCAGGUGCUGCCUGCUCUUCAUAAAAAAUCCUACCUGACACUUAGAAGAAAGGACUGCCUCAAUGAAGACAACUCGUUGGUGUUGGAACCAGUGGAUCCUGUGGUGGUUUUGCCAAGUGAGACAAAAGUGAAAAUGAUGGUGGAAGUGGUGAUGCUAAGUGGAGCGGCAGCCGUUUACUCUGUGGAUGUGCCAAAGGGCAGCUCUCUGUUGGAGGGCCUUGAACUGCUCAAGGGGAAAAAUCCUGGCUUCACAUUUGAGAAGGAGUCCAGCCUGUGGGGACCUUACUUAAGCGUGGUGAAUGGAGAGCAGGCCAGACAGAGUGACCGCAGAUACUGGAACCUCUCCUCUGAUGGCACAGCACUCACUGAGGGUAUUGUCGAUUUCAAGAUUGAGGCAGCCCAAAAGAUAACCAUCAAAAACACAGGUUACUGAUGAUGAAGAUGGGAUUACAAGCACUUCAUUCUCAUAGUUUUUUCUUUUGCUGCUAAUUGUACAACAGUUGUUUCCACCUGUUGCCAUCGUUUAUGAUGAUUUUCACAGAAUUAAUAUAUGUUUUCCUCUGAAUCAUUGUGAUCUGAUAUUCAGUAUGUUGAUUAUUAAGUUGUUGUAGUCUUUUAUUUUUUAAUGAUGGCUUUUCACCUAAAUGUCCAUUAAAUUGGGUUAUAAGCAGAACUUUUUUUUACAAGGUUUCGGGGACUCUUUUAAAUGAGACAUAUGCAUGUUUUUCAAAAGUUUGCAUAAUUUUAUUGAGGUAUUAAUGAAAGUCUGUGACAUGUUUUAGUCAAUUUACCACAGGGAUGCAAUAACAGAAAACUCAUUUAAACCAUGUUUGAACAAAUGAAUGCCUACGUCACUUCAAAAUGCAAAACACAGUGUGACAACUCUUACAAGAGGGAAAACUGAAAUAUUCUAUAUUUAUAAAUAUACACACACAAUGGUAAGAAAGUGUAUGUUUUUUUCUGGAAUUAACUCGUUUUCUGCAUGAAUGUACCAUCAAAUAAAGGCAAAUCUUUAUCUAACUCAA